AGCCUGAUUUAGUACCGUUAAAAACCCUAACUUAUUUUCGAUGUAAUCGUGUGUUCUUCCUUUGUUUUAUGGGCUGUAAUCAUCUUUAUUCAAUGUUAAUCAGCUCUUUCGUUAAUGGCUGCCUUGAAGAGUGUCUAUAUUUUCUAUAAAUUUCUACAUGAACUUGCUUGGAUCGGGUUUGAUUUACACGAUUUGGGUUGGAUUUGAUUUGGAAUUGCCUUGCUUUUGUCUUCUAUUCGAAUCUCCAACAAAGGUGUGAUUAGUGGGCUUGUCUAUCUCCAUGACGUUGGUCUAAGCUUUGGAAACAUAACUCCCAAGAAAGUUAUGAUGUCGGAUGAAAUGAUCCCUAAACUAUGUGGUAUCGGCAACUGUAAACCAGUCACCGACGAAUUGAUAGCUAAGGAUUUCAAAGACUUAGGGAGUUCAUUGCAUAUACAUUUUGCCGUAAAUCAGGGUUUAAGGCUUGCACAGAGGCUAUGUACUACAAAUUAUCCAAUGAUGCCGACGAAAUAGAAGCGUACGAUAUUGCUGCUUAUUUAAUCAAGUAUGGACGGUGUUCAGAGAGAACAAUUCUGUAUCGCCCAUUUUUGUGGACUGAAAGUCGUAAGCUUGAUUUUUUUAGAGAUGGUAAUGACUUCAUGAAAUCAAAUGGUGCAUCAAAACCGGAUGUCAAGGGUGAGAAGAAACCCAGGACACACAAUGAUUACAUUAUUUCAAAUACCAUGCACUUCACUGCUAAAAAUGAUGGGCCAGAUGGUUGGAUGAGCAGAUUUCCAGAAAUAGUUGUAAAUUACAUGAAAAAUCCACCAAUGUCUUUCGGUGCAGAACGUCCACAGUAUCAGCCUUUUUCCGUGUUGGAUCUCCUAAAAUUUCUGAGAAACUUAAUUGCUCACAGGGAACAGAUUUACCUUGAUUUGGAUGAUACUGAUGCUGAAGAUCUUGCUACUGAAGAAUCAUUGAUCCAGUACAUCCGUAAAAUGUUUCCGCCAUUGCUAACACGUGUAUUCAAUGAGCUUGAACGGAGCCAUAUAGCAAGAUGGAAGUUGGCAAAGUACUUUGAACCGAAUUAAUAGUUGAAGUUUAGGUUUCCAACUAUUUGGGAAGUCCAAUUUAAAGUCAUAGUGUACUACUACUGAACUCAUAUUUAGACUUGUCAAUCUGAGAUCUGAAUUAUUAACUUGUAUUUAGACUUGUCAA